AUGCGUGAGGCAAACUGGCUGACGAACACGCAGGAGGAGGACAAAAGUGUCAUAGAAAGGACAGACGUGAGAUUUAUGCCUGCGGAAAAGGCACCUCUGUUGAGUCUUCCCAGACGAAUAACGGGGGCAGGAGCAGCGCUGAAACUCUCGUAUGUUUGUACAAAAGCUUCAGCACCUCCCUCAGCACCGCCCGCCCGGGCCCGUUGCCGGGGCAGCGCUGCGGCGUCCGGUAAUGGCGGCGGAGGGGCGGCCAUGGUGCGGAUCACUGAAGAUCUUGUUAGAAGACGUGCAGAACAUAACAACUGUGAAAUUUUUUCACUGGAAGAAAUCUCUUUACAUCAGCAGGAAAUAGAAAAACUAGAGUAUCUUGACAAAUGGUGUCGAGAUUUAAAAAUUCUCUAUCUUCAGAAUAAUCUCAUUCCAAAAAUUGAAAAUGUGAGCAAACUAAAGAAGCUGGAAUAUUUAAAUGUAGCUUUGAACAACAUUGAAAGAAUUGAAAAUCUGGAAGGCUGUGAAGAACUGAAGAAACUUGACCUGACAGCAAAUUUCAUUGGUGAACUCUCCAGUAUUGAAUCCCUAAAACAUAACAUACAUCUGAAGGAACUGUUUCUAGCGGGUAACCCAUGCACUGAAUUUGAAGGCUAUAGACCAUUUGUAGUGGCAACACUUCAUCAAUUAAAAUAUUUGGAUAGUAAAGAAAUAGAACGUUCAGAGAGGAUUAAAGCACUUCAAAACUAUCCAGAAGUGAAACAGAAAAUCAGAGAACAAGAACAAGUUUACCUUCUCAAAAGGGCCAGAGAAAAGGAAGAGGCUCAAAGAAGGAUGCAAGAAAGAAAGGACAAGAAACAAAAACAAAUGAAAUCUAAGCUUGGAUUUGACAGCCCCGAUUCCCUACAGGAGAAAGAAAACCAUCAAGCAGAAGGAGAUGGAGAGCAGGAAACAUGCAGAACAGUUGAAGAUGAUGAAGAAGACAGAAGAUUUUGGGAGGAGCCUACACCAUAUACUCCAGAAUCUAGAUUAGAAACUCACAGAUACAUUGAAGAAAAGCGGAGAGCUAAAGACAAUAUAAGGGAAUCAAAAAAGAGUGAGAAGCCUCCUUGGACAUUGGUCACUGCAGAAGGAAAAGUUCUGAAUGUGAAUGUGCCUAAGCUUCAUUUCUCUUUGAAAGAUGAUGAAGAAAACAACCAGUUCAUCUUGGAACUUGCUGUUUACAGAUAUUUGGACACUUCUCUGCUUGAUGUUGACGUGCAGCCAACUUACAUACGAGUACUGGUGAAGGAAAAGCCAUUUCAGUUUGUCCUCCCUGAGGAAGUGAAGCCAGACAGCAGCUCUGCUAAAAGAUCACAAACAACUGGUCAUUUGGUUGUCACCAUGCCAAAGGCUAAAGAAAUAAUCCUGGCUAAGCAAAAACUUUCAGCUUCAAUUAAACAUUCUGACUGCAAUACACUGCAAAAAAAUGCAAGAAGAAGUGGAAAAGUUGAGAAGUUAGAAGUGGAUCCUAGUAAAUAUUCAUUCCCUGACGUGACAAAGAUAAUCCAAGAAAAGGAACGAACUGGACAGGGACCUAUAAAGCUACAUCCAGAGAGGAUUACAGAAGUUAAGAAGAGUUGUGUUGAUUUCGAAAAUGAUAAAGAUGUUCCUCCCUUAAUUUGAAACAUUCUUAAACAGUCCCUCUAUAAUACAUUCUUAAACAGUCCCUCUUUCUCUCUAUAUAUGUAGUGUGUAUGCUUGAGUUGAUUUUGGAACCCUAUGUGUAAAGCAAAUAUAAUAGAGCUGGAGCUGGAAAUAUCAUUACAUUUCUUAUCAAUAACUUUUUUAUGCUUGUGUUUUUUGCUGAAUUUUCUGUUAGUAUAUUGCUAUAUAAAUUCAUUUUUCUACAUUGCUUACUUAAUGUGAAAUCAGAAUGGGAGUCAUAUAUCAGAGAUUGUCAUUUCUUCAAAGAAUUUACUGUCUGGGUUGAAAGAUGACAUAUUACUGUAGAAAAAGAGGGAAGGAAGAAAGCACUUGUAACUGGAUUUAUGAUUAUUCUUA